AUGAAUUUAGUAGUAUCUAUUGAUUCUGCUCGUGCAAAAGGGUACUUUACUCCUGAGCCUAAUAUGAAUUUAGGGGUAACUAAUGAUUAUGCUUGUGCAAAAGGGUACUUUACUCUUGAGCCUAAUAUGAAUUUAGUAGUAUCUAUUGAUUCUGCUCGUGCAAAAGGGUACUUUACUCCUGAGCCUAAUAUGAAUUUAGGGGUAACUAAUGAUUAUGCUUGUGCAAAAGGGUACUUUACUCUUGAGCCUAAUAUGAAUUUAGUAGUAUCUAUUGAUUCUGCUCGUGCAAAAGGGUACUUUACUCCUGAGCCUAAUAUGAAUUUAGGGGUAACUAAUGAUUAUGCUUGUGCAAAAGGGUACUUUACUCUUGAGCCUAAUAUGAAUUUAGUAGUAUCUAUUGAUUCUGCUCGUGCAAAAGGGUACUUUACUCCUGAGCCUAAUAUGAAUUUAGGGGUAACUAAUGAUUAUGCUUGUGCAAAAGGGUACUUUACUCUUGAGCCUAAUAUGAAUUUAGUAGUAUCUAUUGAUUCUGCUCGUGCAAAAGGGUACUUUACUCCUGAGCCUAAUAUGAAUUUAGGGGUAACUAAUGAUUAUGCUUGUGCAAAAGGGUACUUUACUCUUGAGCCUAAUAUGAAUUUAGUAGUAUCUAUUGAUUCUGCUCGUGCAAAAGGGUACUUUACUCCUGAGCCUAAUAUGAAUUUAGGGGUAACUAAUGAUUAUGCUUGUGCAAAAGGGUACUUUACUCUUGAGCCUAAUAUGAAUUUAGUAGUAUCUAUUGAUUCUGCUCGUGCAAAAGGGUACUUUACUCCUGAGCCUAAUAUGAAUUUAGGGGUAACUAAUGAUUAUGCUUGUGCAAAAGGGUACUUUACUCUUGAGCCUAAUAUGAAUUUAGUAGUAUCUAUUGAUUCUGCUCGUGCAAAAGGGUACUUUACUCCUGAGCCUAAUAUGAAUUUAGGGGUAACUAAUGAUUAUGCUUGUGCAAAAGGGUACUUUACUCUUGAGCCUAAUAUGAAUUUAGUAGUAUCUAUUGAUUCUGCUCGUGCAAAAGGGUACUUUACUCCUGAGCCUAAUAUGAAUUUAGGGGUAACUAAUGAUUAUGCUUGUGCAAAAGGGUACUUUACUCUUGAGCCUAAUAUGAAUUUAGUAGUAUCUAUUGAUUCUGCUCGUGCAAAAGGGUACUUUACUUUUGAGCCUAAUAUGAAUUUAGGAGUAACUACUGAUUCUGCUAGUGCAAAAGGGUACUUUACUCUUGAACCUAAUAUGAAUUUAGGUUAG